CGGUACUCUAGCAGACGCAGACGCAACCGUACGCUUCUAGGGGUACCUUGAAAACGUCUUUAUUCUUACUCUCCAAACAAACUCCACAUUUGUCGACUAUAUAGUAUAUCAUCUACCCUGCUUACGUGUGUUGGUAGGUUAGAAACGCUCCGGCCGGCUCGCAUUGCGUUUGGUCCAACCCCAAAUCUGCCGAGCACGAUCAAGCUUCAGAAAUGCUGCCUCAGCAGGAACGGGCCUGUACGAACGAGUCCUCGUUAAUAGAGAGUGGACCAGCUCAAGAGGAGCAACUGGAUGAAGUGACGCUGACGUCGCUCCCCGACCUGCCACUGCUGAAGGUGUUGUCCUAUGUUCCUGCCGAGGACCUGGUCGCCGUCGGGCGGGUCUGUACCCGGCUGUGCGCGCUGACGCGGGAGCAUUGGUCGGUGUGGAGGAACAAGUCCGCGGGCUUCGAAGACCCCGACAGACUGCUAGACUUGCUCAAGGACCUGCUGCUGGUCACCCCGCAGUACGACCUCAUCCUGGACCUUGCUGCCUCUCCCCGCUUACCGCGUCAUGAAGGCCGAGACAGACUAGAUCUUUCUAUCUCCAACCCAAUGUCCCUCAAGGCGACAAACGGAACAGUCAUAACGUUGAGUUUGUGGAUGUUGUUCUCCGAGGACUUGGCCGAGGACGACACGCUCGCAAGGGUGCUCCGAGAACUAGUCCCGCGUACGAAGCACGCACUUAUCCAUUGCAAAUCUUCCGAUAUGGACGUGAUCUGUGAGAGCUUGCAGAAUGCCAUUUCUAUGGAAACUUUAAGUUUGACUUGGAUGUGGCCCAAAGACUUUGGAGCGCCGUUCUCAGGAUUUAGCCGCUGCAAAAACUGGCCACAGAGUGAUGUAAUGUUCUAA